CUUUUUCCCGGUGCAUUCUCCUCGACUUUACCUAUUAUAGUCAGGACUGAGGUGGUUCAGGAGGCAUUGUUCAUUAACAUCCCGCCGUCAUGGGAGACAGGUGGAUUCUUCUUCUGGCCCUGGCCUUUAUCACAGGCCAUGUAAGGUCCCAGUCGCAGCUGGAAUUCAACAUUACGACUACCUGGAAUGGCGGAGAUAUUAAACACGACCCCAUCCAGUUAGUCCUCACAGGGAGCCCAGAUGGGGAAUACCUAGAUCUUGCCAUCGAGGCUCCAUUCUUCAACGACCCUCCAGCUCCACCUGGCCCAGCUGGUCAGCCAUUCUACGGCCUUUGGAACUAUGAAGUGGUGGAAGCUUUCUUCUUGAACGAUAACAACCAAUACCUGGAAGUGGAAGUUUGUCCAUGGGGACAGCACAUUGUCCUCCUCCUGAACGGACAAAGGGCCGCUAUACGUCAUUCCCUGCCCCUCGAAGUCAACACGACGAGGACGGGAAAUAAGUGGAUUGGUAAUGCAAGAAUACCGGUAGGGUACCUGCCCAAAAAUGUAACCAAGUUUAACGCUUAUGGUAUACACGGCUCAGACGAAAACAGGGUUUAUGAAAGCCUCUACCCUGCUCCUGGAAAUGCUACUGCUCCUGACUUCCACGCCCUCGAGUACUUCAACGAAAUCGACCUUUCUGAAGUGCUGCCUGAUCAGGCGAGCGCAGAGAUGUCAGAACUGUGGUCUGAUUCAAUCGAAGGAGUAUUCCGAUACAGAAUCCAGACUGCCUGGAAUGGCGCCCCCAUAGACCACGCACCUGUCGAAAUUACCUUGCAGGGAUUUACGGCCGGAGUAGAAAUGAACGUUACAGCUCCAUUCUUCAAUGAUCCUCGCCCUCCCAAUGGCAGGGAGGGAAUGCCAUACUACGGUCUUUGGGAGUAUGAAGUUGUGGAAAUGUUCUUCCUUAACGAUAAAGACGAAUACCUCGAGGUUGAACUUGGUCCUUGGGGUGAACACCUCUUGCUCAUGCUCAAAGGGGCACGCAAUGCCAUCAAACACUCGUUAGCCCUUGACUACUUUGCUGUGAGGGACGAAGCAACCGGGACGUGGAAAGGUUCUGCCAUGAUUCCUCCCGACUAUUUCCCUCCCAAAGUGAGCAGAGUGAACGCCUAUGCCAUCCAUGGCGUCGACGAUCAGCGGGAAUACCAGUCCCUGUACCCUGCACCUUUUGACGAUCCCGAUUACCCAGCUCCAGAUUUCCAUCGCCUCGAGCUCUUCCGUCCAAUUGACUUCGAGUACCAGCUGGCCAACAACAGCGAAUACUCGGACCUCUGGAAGGGAACCAUCAAUACGGGUUCGGGUUCGGGUUCCAGCUCUUUCACGCCCAUGAACGAAGAAGACAACAAUGAAGAUUUCAUAGGGGCAGUAACUGUCCUAGGUCCUGGUGCUGAAGCUUUCAAACCAACUUCUGCUCCCGAGCAACUGCUGCAAUCACAGUCACACCCAGGGGCCCCAUUGCCAGUUUUAAACCCGCAGGGCGCAGAUAGGGUAGUCUUUCAACCCACUCCUACACCUAUACAGCAGUCACAUUCACGCACUGAAGGAGACCUACCCACCAAACACGAAGAAGUGCCAUCAAGAAUACCCAAACCUCAGUUAAUUGUGCCCGAUGAAACCCGUAAGCAACGUGAGGGGGAAGCGCCAAAUUUCUUUAGUCCCCCAUCCCUCUCUGGACAUGAACCUAGAGUGCCACACCCCAUUAGGUUAGGUAACAGUCGCCGCACUCCUACCGCAGAGCGUCAAAAUGUUGAGAGGCAACCUUCAAGAACUUCAAGUUCUCAGAGCCAUGAUCAGUUCCAAGGCGAACCGAUUGCUCCUGAAAUUCCGCAGAUUCGGGGCCAGAGACCUUUCAUUCAGAAUCAGAAUGAGAGACCAUCGAGUUUCAGCAUACGAAGAAGACCUCCUCAGUUUAUUGAUGGGAACUUACCCAGUGAACAGGAGCAGUUUUCUAACAUUCAUUCUCCAUUCCAGUCUCAAGAUCAAACUUCAGCAUCUUCCCAAUUCCAGGCGCACGGACAAGUGUUUGGAACGUCUCCUGUUGUAGGUGAAAGGAGACCUGCCUUCACAGUGCAGCAAGAGCCAGGUUCUCAGUUCGUCGGGCAACCGUUUAUUAAUCAAGAUACCAGACAACCACCAAGGCCCACCCUUUUCCAGGAUGGUUCUUUAUUCCAUGAUCAGAGACAACCUAAUUUACCAAACCAAGGUCGUCCCCCAUUCUUGAGUCCCGAAUUCCCGUUCCAAGAUCCAGGUCAAACUCAGUUCUUUAGUGAUGGACAGCCAUUACCGAAUAUCCCAGGUAGACCUCAAUUCGAAAAUCGUGAUCAACAGCAGUUCCUAAACCACGGACAGCCUCAUUUCCAGGAUCCGGUGGAAACACAUUUCCAAGACCCAGCUCAACCUCAGUUCCCAAAUAAUGUGGGGACUCGGUUCUCUAACCAGGGACACAGUCAAAUCCAGGUAAAUGAAAGAUUACCAAUUCAAAGUGAAAGUCACUCUCCAAGCUCUGCAGUUUUUGAAAGUCAAGGAGCUUUUGAGCAUAAUGGUCAAGGUCAGUCGCCUGUCCAAUUUACUGAAACUGCACACCCUGAUGAAUUUAACCCUACAGAAUCACCAAAUUUCCAAACUGAAGACCAAAAUAUUCAAGGCCACCAAACUUUUGAUGUCCCAGGAUCAGUAUCAAGUGUUGCCCAACCUCACCGUCCAGUAGGGUUAGAGGAAGCCUUAACUCCUGAGGUACAGGAAGCCCUCGACACUCUCUCUGAGGGAAGUCCUGCUUUGCCACCUCCUCAUCCAGUCUGCUUCGAGCGAGGUCUGGUGCCAGACCCAGAACGAUGCUAUGUAUUCCACGAGUGUGUGUUAGAGGCAGGCCAGUGGGAAAUGUAUUCUUGGAGAUGCAAACGAGGUCAAAUUUUCGAUCCUGUAAGUGUAGCAUGUGUGAGAGGUAGAUGCGCAAGAAGAGGUCAGCUCAGGAGAAGGGUAAGGGGACAAUUGCAUUAGUUUAACAUAAAUAAUGAGUACGUUCGGUAAUCCAGUGGUUUCUUUUUAUUUGUACACACAAAGUGUAUCGAAACUCAUUUUCAUUACCAGCAUUAUUUUUGUAAUGAUUAUAGUCUUUUUACUGUAACUCUCGUAACUGAGUUUCAUAAAUGUGUAAUUACCAAACUUUGCACUUCAGCAGAACUGUGUUCAACAUAGCUGUUUUAGCUUUAACAUUCCAUAAUAUUGUUUGAUCUUGUUUGUUACAAUAAAAGUUUUGUGAUAA